GGUAAAAACAACACACCGGUCCUCCCUCUUUCUCUCCUGCUGAAGUUGCUGUAGUUUUUAAUCUUUGUCUUUAUUUCAACUUUAUUUGUCUGUUUCUGUAAAAUGGCGCCCUGUGUUCAGCGGCUCGUCUCUUCCGUCAUGGAGGAGUUCACCGUGACCGCGAAAACUGAAAUCUACCAGAGACUGGACCCGGGAAACUCACAGACCGAGGAGGAGCUGCUGUCGGUGGUGAGGAGGCUUUGUGAGGCUCUGCUGCAGGAGCUGAGGAGGCUGCUGGAGGAGAACCGGGAGCUGAGGGGGCAGCAGGAGAACCAGCAGGACUCCACCCCCCCUGCAGCAGAAGAAGUGAGAAGCCAAUCAGACGCUCCUACAGACGACCCCAGCCAAUCAGAGCAGACUCCUGCUGCAGGCAGCAGGCGGAGCUUCAGCUGCAGCGUCUGCAGCAGCAGCUUCUCCAGACGGACCAACCUGAUCUCUCACCUGCGGGUCCACAGCAGAGACCGCCCCUUCACCUGUCCCGUCUGUGGGAGGGGCUUCUCGGCCCGCAGCAGCGUCAGAGUCCAUCAGCUGACCGUCCACAACAAGCAGCGGCCGUUCAGGUGCUCUCACUGCGGGAAGGUGUUCGGCACCCACAGCCACCUGCGGACGCACCAGGUGUCCGGCAGAGUCCCGCUCACCUGUUCGGCCUGCGGGGAAACGCUGGCGGCGAGGUGCAGCCUCAGGCAGCACCGGCUCACCUGUCAGAGGACAGGCGGGAAGUUCAAGUGUGCGGAGUGCGGGAAGGAGUUCUCCAAACACAGUUACCUGUCCGCUCACCAGAGAGUCCACCUGAAGGACAAACCCUUCAAAUGUCCCACCUGUGAGAAGGGAUUCACCACGCGCCGCAGCGUCGACAUCCAUCAGCUGACGGUCCACAGAGGACUGAAGCCGUUCACCUGCAGCGUCUGUGGGAAGGCGUUCAGCCAGCACAGCGGCCUCAAGGCUCACCUGAGGACGCACACAGGUGAGCGGCCGCACACCUGCGAGCAAUGUGGCAACAGUUUCUCCAGCAGGAGCAGCCUGUCUGUCCACCACCGCGUGCACACUGGGGAGAAGGGCUUCACCUGCGACACCUGCGGGAAGAGCUUCAGCGUGUCGGCCAACCUGAGCCGCCACCGCCUCAUCCACUCUGGCCGCCGCAACUUCAGUUGUGACGUGUGCGGCCGCAGCUUCACGCAGGCCGGACAUCUGAAGGUGCACCGUGCUGUGCACAGCGCAGAGUGGGCGUUCAUCUGCAACGCCUGCGGCAAGGGCUUCAGACAGCGCGGCGCGCUGCUCGUCCAUGAGAGGAGCCACGCAGGCGUCAAACCGUUCAGCUGUGGAGAGUGUGGGAAGAACUUCUCCUCAUCCACAUCCCUGAAACGUCACGAGCUGGCACACAGCGGGCAGAGACCACACACCUGUGAGGAGUGCGGGAAGAGCUUCACCUCCGCCCAGGUGCUGAAGACGCACCUGCAGCUGCACGGCGACGGUAAACCCUUUUCUUGUGACGUGUGCGGCCGCGGCUACAGCUCGCUGAGCUACCUGAGGACACACCGCCGCAGACACUCAGAGGGGAAACCGUUCAACUGCGCUCAGUGCGACAAAACCUUCUCCACGCAGGCGAGUGCCAACCUCCACGUGCGCACUCACAGCGGGGAGAAGCCGUUCAUCUGCGAAGUCUGCGGCAAGAACUUCAGCGUUUCGCAGAACCUGGUCCGACACAAGCGCGUCCACAGUGGAGAGAAACCAUUCGAGUGCAGCAUCUGCAGCAAGAGGUUCAGCCAGAACAACAACCUGAAGACUCACCUGCUGGUUCACACCGGAAACAGACCGUUCACCUGCUCCACCUGCAGCCGCAGCUUCUCCUCCAGGAGAAGCCUCCGGGAGCACAAGUGCGUCCCCGCAGAGUGACGCUCCCCCCAGACAGACCUGGUCCAAACCUCUCCUGAGAGAGGGACUCCGACCAAACAGGAAGUGAUGAUGACCCCCAUUCCCCGAGGACGUGACAGGAUCACAGACGAUCUUUAAAAGCGGUUCACAUCUGAACCAGGUUUUGUCUUUGAGUUCCUCUUUAAGAUACAGAUCAUGAUUCUGUCAUAAAACCAAACUGAAAGCUGAACGUUCAGCAGCUGAGGAGAGAAACUAUAAACUUCCUUUAUGACUCUGGAUUUGUCCCUGAGCUGGAAUGUAGAAGAACAUAAUAUAAAUGUGGUCAGAGCUCCCUCUGCUGGUUUGCAGUGGCUCUGCACUUUCAUACUUCGUUUUAACAAAUCAACACAAAGCUGCCAGGUUUUAUUUUUUUAAUUUUAUUUUAAAAAACUGUGCGACUUCCUGUACUGACCACUGAGAUCGAAAACAAACAUGGUGUCUGACAUCUGCCUGUCAUGUGGAGUUCAAUCUAUUUAUUUAUUUAUUUAAACAAUCAUUUAUUUGAGAUGAUGGUGAAACUGUUGUAGAAAUGGACUCAGACUCAUCUGAACAUUUUUUUUCAUGUUUAUAAAUGAAAAAUUCAAAGUGUCUUAAUCUUUGGAGAAAUGAUUUGAUGUUUCUCUGUUGAAGUUUUGAGGAGUUCAGGACUCGAGGAUUAAUCCAGUUAUUUAAUUCACAUUCACCAGAGUUUGACUUGAUUGUUUCCUCAUGUUGUUACAGCAGCAUCUCAGCUUUGGUUUCAUGUUGGAGCAAAAUGAAAAUAGAAAAAUAAAUUAAAUGAAAACUCUGAUCCAGUCCUGGUUGUUGAUUGAAUUGAGGGAACAAAUGAAGGAA